AUGAAGAUAAUUGAAGAAAACAGGAAUAAGAUCAGAUCAGAUGUAGUGAAUGUUUUAAUGAACUUCUUCAGGAAGAAAGAACCUAGAGAGUUUGACGAAAUCCGGAAAAACAUGAGGAUCACGAGUAGGUUUCUAAAAGAACAUGACGAGUUAAUAGUAGCCAGGUCAGAUAAAGGUGGUUCAACGGUAGUAAUGUACAGAGAAGAGUAUGUCACAGGAAUGAAUGAUAUGUUGAAAGAUGAUAGAACAUAUAAAAAGAUAGUGAAGGAUCCAACAAAUAAGUUUCAGUUACAAUCUAAUUUUGCGGAGAAGAAUCUAGCUAGGGUCAAGGAGCUUUUGAAAAAUAAUAAUUAUCCAGUAUGCUUCAUAAACAAGGCUGCGGAAUUAUUUUCAAAGAAAGUUGAAGCUAAGAACAACAUAGCAGGAGUCUCCAAUAUUAAGAAGUGCUACAAAUUUCCGUUUAUAAAAGGUUUAUCGUAA